AUGGAUACUGCCGGAUGGAGUAUGGAGCAGGAGGGAUUGUGCUUGAUUAUAGAUUCUGUCCGAACACUUAGAAAGAUAGUUUCUGAGGAUGUAACCACUUCGUUAGCACUAGGCCCUAUUGGAUUCACUAAUAACUCCGAAUUUAAAAAAUUAGAGCGGAUGAUUAAAAAUGAAAAUUAUACUACUUUGAUUUAUAAAUCACAAUGUGCAUCUUCUUCAAUUGGAUUAAUACUUACACGUAAAUGGUUAUUAGUCGAUUCUUUCAAAAAUGCUAUAAGAAAAUUGCCAAAAGGAUUUAAAGGUUUUGAUUCAGAUUUUGAGUGUAAAUACGAUUCCUACGGCAAAAUUGAAAGUGAAAUUUGUAAAAAUUGGAUAAAACCUUGGUUUGAUCUCUUCAACAACUUCGGAGGAAAGUUGAUACAUGUAGUCAAUAAAAGGGUUAAAAAUGAUUUUAAAAAAACUAAAGAAAUAUAUUCUAGUAUUACUAAACUAGAUUUAUCGAUAGCCAAAGCAGAUUUAUCAUAUAAAAACAAUAAUAGCAAUGAUGACGAAUCGAAGUCUAAUGAAGACAAAGAUUCAUAUUAUGUAACAGGGGGUAACGCUGGUAUUAUCUUUGAAGAUAAUGAGAACUUUAAAGAAUGGAGUAAAACUGUCCAUAAUAAUCAAAUGCCCAUUAAAAUUGAUAUAACUCCACUAUCUGAGUUGCUGCCUAGUAGAAAUUUGAAGCUUGAUUAUUGGAAGGCUCUAAAAUAUUACAAAUUAGUUAUUACCAGGUGUGGCUAUGAUGUAAUGUCUGGCAAUGCUACUGACGAUAAUCAAUUAUUAAGGGAUCAAGGCUAUAGAGGGCCAAUUUUAAAUAUUAUUAAUAACUUUAAUAUGGAAAAGAAUAAUAAAUUAAAUGAAGAUGAUGCUAUUAUAAUUAGAAACAAUGCAAUGUGUGAAGUAUUUAAAGAGGAUGUUAAAAUCGUCAGUCUAGAACAAUUAAACGAAAGUUUUCUCGAUAAUAAUAUAAAACAAUACGGCGACGUGUUCAACAAUUCAGAAGAAAAAAAUAUUAUUUUGAACAAAUUGAAGGAUAAAAUUGCUAAAGGUUCUGGAUUGUAUAUGAGAAAGUAUUUGUGUACUAUUUACACGGCUAGUUUGGAUGAUAUGAAUAGAUUGCUAACUAAUUUUAAGGAUUCUGUUGAUUAUUUGAAUGAAAAAUGUAUUGCACACCAUGAAACGGAUUGCACACCUGAAAAUUAUGUAGAUAUUGUAGACUCGAUAGAAUGUGAUGCGUGUUUAACACCAUGGAUUAAAUUUUUUAAUGAUUAUGGAACACACAUUUCUAAUAAAAUAACAAUGGGUGGGCCAAAAUACAAUUUAAAUGAUCAGCAUGCCCAUAAUUCAGGUGGACGCUUGUUACAGUAUUUGUCAAGAAAAAGAUAUGAAAGCAGUUCUAAUUCAAGAAAAAGAACGAGAUAUUUAUAUAAAAAUAGUGUAUUUUUUGGAAUAAAAAAUUCUGCAGUAAAUUUAGAUUCCAAUGAAGACAGUUCAGAUAGGAAUACCGCACAAGAUUUCGAUAUCACUCAAUUUACAUUGGGUCCAGAACCUGAAACAAACCUAGAUGUUGAUGGAGGGUUAGAAAAGUGGUCAUACUUAAUUUCAAAUAAUCCAGUUCCUAUCAAAGUCGAUUUUCUUCCGUUAGACGAAGCACUAUGGGAAAAUAAUCCCAAAUUAAAACGUGAUUACAACAUCGCAUUGAAAUUUUAUCAAGAUAUUAAAUGGUACCAAAAUAAUGGUUUAGGGGAAAAUUUGGUCAUCAAGGGAAAAAUUGGAUUGUCAACUUUACCAAUAAUGACUUAUGUUGGGAAGGCUGAUAAAAAUUUAAUUAUGAAAUGCCCCUUAGAAUACCCCAACAUUACUAAAGGUACUGAAGAUCAUAAUUUAGGAAUUGCAUUUCAGCAAGAUUUUAGUAAUAAAAUUGAGAAUGUUCUGAUAGGACUAACGAAUUUGAUGGAGACAAAUAGCCUUAUUUGUCACGAUUGUGAUAGAAUAUCUUCUUGGAUAAUUUGUUCUUCACUAAAAUUUCAGGGGAAAGUAACGAAGAGAAUAGGAAAGGAGCAUGGGUCAGAAGAGUAUCUGAUUGCAAAAGAGAAUCACAGGUUAAAAAAAUUAAUUAAGAACAUGAAAAUUAAAAAUCUAGAUGAUUAUUCAAGAUUAUUAGAAUUAGGCGGGCAGGCAAAAUUAUCUCCGAAAUUAAAAAUUGGAACAUUCUCCCUAUCAGCAAAUUACGCUAGGGAAGAGGAGUUGUUAAAAAGCGAAUUUAAGGAAAUAAAUAUAUCAAAAAAUUAUUGCAUACUAUUCCAGGCUGGAUUAGCUACACAUUGUUUGAACGAUUGGACAAGAAGUUUUAAAAAGGCAGUUGGGAAAUUGAAAAACUUUAAUAAUGCAAAGAAAAGAUGUCAAAUGGAGACGUUUUUGGAAAGACCAGGGUGGAAGGGGUGUGAUGGAGUUAAGGGCUGGAUGAAUCUAUUUGACUUAUUUGGAACUCAUAUAACAUUUUCUAUGAGUUUAGGCGGGGUAAUCACUAGGAAAAUGGUCAAAGAUGGAGAUCGAAAUAAGAUUAAAGUUAAGAAUAGUGGAGGAGUUAGCAUUGGCACUGAAAUGGAAAAAUAUGGGAAAAUAAAUUUAGGCAUAAAUGGCAGAGAUGGAAAUGAGAAGGGAAAAGAUGUUAGCAGUAAAGGGGAUAAACGUACUGUAUUGGGGGGCGAUGUUGUAGCUCAUGAUUUGGAUACUGAAAUUGGGCGCAAAGAAUGGAGGAAGAGCCUAUUGACAAAACCUAUGCCAGUAAAGGUCGAUUUUAUCCCAAUUUCUGCGAUAUUAAAAUAUGAGUAUAAAAGGUGUUAUUGGCAGGCAUUAUUGUACUAUACAAAAAUUAAACAGGCCACGCGCCAUUAUGAAAUGUAA